GAACCAGAGGGAAAAGGGGCACACUGAAUCAGCAACUAAGGAAAAUGAUGAUGGAUGCUGUGUGGAGUACUUCUCCUCUUUCACGGCUGCUUCUUAUCUUCUUCUGCUUUCUUGUCGUCGUGCUUCCCCAGAUAGAGGCGCACCAUGAAUCUGGUGCCCUUCCUGAUCACAGCCGGUUCGUCAAGAAGGAACACCGGAAGAUCCUCUCUUCGUCGGAGUCCGGCCAAGUGUCGUACGUGAAAAUUGGGGAUGCCUAUGGCAGGAACUACCAGCUCCAUUUCUUCUCGUUGGAGCCGAGCUCUCUCUUUCUUCCAGUCAUUCUUCACUCCGACAUGGUGUUCUUUGUCCAGACAGGAAGGGGAAAUAUGGGCUGGAUUGAAGAGAGUGAGAUGCAGUGCAUGACUAUAGAGGAAGGGGAGGUGUUCAGGCUUCCUGCUGGUUCGGUGUUCUAUGUCUCAAGCGAGCCCUCUGAGAUGCGUCGUAAGCUCAGACUACAUGCCAUCUUCACUAACUCAAACGAUGAGAUCGCUGAGACGCACACCGGAACUUACUCGUCGCUCACCGACUUGGUUUUGGGCUUCGACCGGAAAAUCCUUCGGACGGCAUUCCGGGUUUCAGACGAAGUGAUGGAAGCGCUGGCCGGAGGUCGGAGGCCGCCGGCCAUCGUGCCUAUGCAGAAGAAGGAGGAGGACGAGUGGAAGGACGGCCUGAAUUGGGUGAACAGGAUGGUGGAGUCUUUGGCAGAGAACGGUUUGUUGGGGCUGGGCGGGCACCACCACAAGAAGGACAAGAAGCACAAGCCCUUCAACAUCUUCAAGAAGAAGCCCGACUUCUCCAACUUCUACGGCUGGAGCCUCGCCAUCGACCACAAGGAGUUUCACGCACUCAAGGACUCCAACAUUGGCCUCUUCAUGGUCAACCUCACCAAGGGUUCGAUGAUGGGUCCGCACUGGAACCCGAAGGCGACGGAGAUAGCCAUAGUGACUUACGGGGAAGGCAUGGUUCAGAUCGUGGCUCCUAACGAGACGGACCGCUGCGGGGUGAGGCGGUUCAAGGUGUCGGAGGGGGAUGUGUUCGCGACGUCCCGCUACGAGCCGAUGGCACAGAUGUCCUACGACAACGACUCGCUGGUGUUCAUGGGGUUCAGCACCAUGUCCAAGAGAAACCACCCCCAGUUCCUCGCCGGCAGCAGCUCCGUCCUCCAGACCCUCGGCGAGAGCGUCGUCUCCCUCUCCCUCAACGCUAACAGGAGCGACGUGAGGCAGCUUCUGUCUUCGCAGGCGGAUGCUAUCAUCCUCGCUUGCCCCUACUGCGCGGUGGAAGAAGAGAAGCUGAUGAAGGAAGAGGAGGAAAGGCAGAGGGAGAAAGAGUGGGAGCGGGAGAAAGAGGAGGAAGAGGAAGAGAAGAGGGAAAGGGAGAAGGAGAGGGAGGAAGAGGAGGCCAGGAAGAAGAGAGAAGAGGAAGCGGAAGAAAAGUGGGAAAGGGAGAAGGAGAGGGAGGAAGAGGAGGCCAGGAAGAGGAGAGAAGAGGAAGAGGAGGAAGAACGGCGGGAAAGGGAAGAAGAAGAAAGGGAGGGAGAAAGAGAGGCAAGAGAAGAAGAGGAGGAAGGGAGAGGGUGGAGGAAGAAGUUGGUCUUCAAGGGAAGGAGGGAGUGGAAUUAGUUCUGCUUUUCUGCUUCUGCUUCUGCUUCUGUGUGUGGAUUUGACUUCUUAUGGUUGCUUUCCGUUUGUGCGUUCAAGAGAAGAGGGGUCAGUAGUGGUACUCAAUUGGCCUUUGCUCAUAAAACGUAAUGCAUGUACAUAGUAUAUAUAGUAUUAGCUAAAGCCGCGGGGUUUCUCUUCCCGUGGAAAAUAAAACACUGGUUUCUUGUUUCUCCAAAGGGUGGAAUACGUUGGCGAGUCAGCUUUUUAUAUA